AUGAGUCUGGCCGCCGAGGACGCCAUGGGACGGGCGACGGUGUCCGAGGAAAAAUCCAGCCCCGCCCCGCCCCUUCGUGCUGCGCGCUCCCAGGAAGUCACGUUCAGCGGGAGCGCGCACAUGGGAGACCUGAAACCAGAGAACAUUUUGCUGGACAGCAAGGGUCAUGUGAAGCUGACUAAUUGUAAAUGAGGUGUGGUCGUAGGUGGGAUCAUGAAUACCUUCUGUGGGACUCCCGAGUAUCUGGCUCCAGAAGUCCUGAAAAGUCUCACGUACGGUCCAGCGGUGGAUUGGUGGAGACUCGGCAGUGUGCUUUUUGAAAUGCUGGGAGCACUCGGUUUGAACUCACGACCUCCCAGUCUCAGAGCGGACACUCUAACCACAAGGCCACUGAGCAGGUCACCUCAGUGUCAUAUUUUUGACAAACUUUGCUCCCUCAGCCACAGCAAAGCUGAGAUGUUUGAGAAGAUCCUCCAUGCGCCUCUUCAUUUGCGUAGCAGAGUUUCUCAGGCGGCCUGCUGGAUGUUAGAAGGCUUACUGGAGAGUAAUGUAUCAAAACGCUUAGGAUAGAGGCAGGACAUUGUAGAGCUGAAGGAGCAUCCAUUAUUCGUAUCCAUCACCUGGGAUGAGCUCCUAGCAAGAAAGGUCAGACCCCCAUUCAUUCCCAACGUGUCCUUUUUCAUUGACCCCGAGUUCAAGCUAAAGCCUCUGCCUGCCUCCAUGAUUGACAGGUGCCAAGAGUACUGGGCUGGCCAAGUUUUUGCAUGGUUCCUGUACAUGAAUUCAACUGAGUGCGCAUAGUUUCAUAAAUAUACUGUGCUUGUAAAAAAAAUAAGUAUUUUUCUAUACCAUAAAUCAAAUGAUCACAUUGUGUGUGGCACUUUUAGGAAUAAAAUAUUAU